CUUCGGACUUUAGUCCAUAUGAAUCCGCAUUAUUAUACAGAAAGUGGUAUUAAAAAACAAUUUCAGUUGGGCUUUGGGCCUUUUAGUGAUGCUAAUCGUAUGCGCUAAACCAGUGUCGCUAAACAGCAGUAUUUUUCGCUAAACUUUAUACACAAUUGUUUACAAUCAUGAGCAACCUUAAAGUGGAUUAAAUCACACAAUGGCCUGGUAAAAAAAAAUGUAUUUUAAAAAGUAACGACGCCGUUACGACGGGGAUAUGAAACGGAACCGUUAUUUCUCCCACGUCAUAUGCAUUUCGUCAUGAGAAAGGCACCGUGGCCUGGCCGACAAGCAAGCCGGGUAAGGAUUAGUGACACUCGGCGACAAUCUGGCGGGGAUGACGACGACGACGACGGCGGCGGCGGUGCUGUCGCUGCUGCUUCUACUCACCUCGGAUGAGAGCGUCAAGGUCGCCGCAAGUGACGUUUGUCAAUAUACAAGUAAAAUGGGCCAGCGAAGAAGAGCUGCACUUCUCAAUCAUUCGGCUCAAGCGGUCUCUGGAACCCCUCAGGGGGUCACCAAAGCCCCCGUCAGGAAGCACAACAUCUGCAUGGUGUCGGACUUCUUUUACCCCAACAUGGGAGGGGUGGAGAGUCACAUUUACCUCCUCUCCCAGUGUCUGAUGGAGAAGGGACACAAGGUGGUGAUCGUUACGCACGCCUACGGCCACAGGAAGGGGGUCAGGUACCUGACCAACGGGCUUAAGGUCUACCACCUGCCCCUGCAGGUGAUGUACAACCAGUCCACCACCACCACCUUCUUCCACAGCAUGCCGCUCCUGCGGUGUGUGUUCGUCAGGGAGCGCAUCACCGUGGUGCACUCGCACAGCUCCUUCUCCGCCAUGGCCCACGAUGCUCUGUUCCACGCCAAGACCAUGGGCCUGAACACGGUGUUCACCGACCACUCGCUCUUCGGCUUUGCCGACGUCAGCUCCGUGCUGACCAACAAGCUCCUGACGGUGUCGCUGUGCGACACCAACCACGUGGUGUGCGUCUCCUACACCAGCAAGGAGAACACGGUGCUGCGCGCCGCGCUCGACCCGGAAAUCGUCUCCGUCAUCCCCAACGCGGUCGAGCACGCCGACUUCACGCCCGACCCGUCGCAGCGGCGCGACGACAGGAUCACCGUCGUCGUGAUCAGUCGCCUCGUCUACCGCAAAGGCAUCGAUCUUCUGAGCGGAAUCAUCCCGGUGCUGUGCCUCAAACAUCCCGAUCUUCAUUUUCUCAUCGGUGGAGAGGGACCAAAGAGACUUGUGUUGGAGGAAGUGAGGGAGAAAUACCAACUUCAUGACAGGGUGCGUCUUUUGGGGCCUCUGGAGCACAAAGACGUCCGAGGGGUUCUCGUGCAAGGUCACAUUUUCCUCAACACGUCGCUCACCGAAGCGUUCUGCAUGGCCAUCGUGGAGGGAGCCAGCUGUGGACUGCAGGUGGUCAGCACUCGCGUGGGCGGGAUUCCAGAGGUGCUACCCGAGGACCUGAUCACCCUUUGUGAGCCGACCGUGCACUCGCUGUGCGCCGGGCUGGAAUUGGUCAUAGCGCAGCAGCGUUGCGGCUCCGUCUCCACGCCCGCCUCUGUCCACGCGCGGGUGCGCGAUCUGUACACCUGGAGGAACGUUGCCGAGAGGACCGAAAAGGUUUAUGACAGAGUCUGCGGCGAGGAGGUGCUGCCCCUGGACCGGCGCCUUCAGAGGCUCCGGACUCAUUGCGGCCCGGUGGCUGGCACCAUCUUCGCCUUCGUGGCGGUCCUCGACUUCCUCUUCCUGUUGUUCCUGCGGUGGAUGCUGCCCGACAGUCUCAUGGACGUGGCCGUGGACGCCAGCGGUCCCCGCGGGUUGUGGAGGCGAGAACCGAGCGACGGUCAGUGUAAAGCGCCGUCAAAAAGAGUCGGGCUGACCGACGCUUUUGGGAGCUGAGUGAACUAAAAACUUUGUUUACGUGAUGAGAAAAAAAGGGCCACGUUUUCAAGCUUUGGAUUGUAAGAAAUUUGCGGGGAAAUUUGCUUUUUAUAUCGACAUGACGGGGUGUGUAUGAUUUUGUAUGACAUAACUGCACAAAACGACCUGGAUGUUUUUCACCAACAUAGAUACAGAAAUGUGAACUCUUUUGGCUUU